UUCCCAUUUUUGGACCCUCUGCCUAUCUCUGACUUUUCAUGUCCAAUCUUUGCGUUCUUAUCUUUGUGUUCAACAAGUUAAAAAAAAAAUAAUAAUAAUAAUUUGAGAUUGAAAAUACUUCUUCUCUUCUUGGUCUCUCUCAUAACACUUUGUUUCAGUCCUAUAAAAACAACCUGUGUUUUCUUUGAAUUGGGUCAUCUUUUUGUUUAACACUAAAUAUAAAAAAAAAGUAUCUUUUUUUUUUAAUUUUGAUUCCCACUUUUUGGAUUCUUUUUUCUCAAUAUUGGAUUUGGGAUUUGCUUGAAUGGUGGGGUUUUGUUUCUUUCCUUCUCUAUUCGUUUCCUGAUUCUAUUGAAGUAAAUUCUCUUUCUUCUUUCAAAUACCAUUUCUUUUAUUCCGGGGUUUCUUUUCUCUUUUUGUUUCUCCUACAUUUGAAUAAAGUUUUCUUUUUAAUAUUAAGAUUUUGGUUUCGAACACCCACAUGCAUGUUCUUGUGGUUUGUCUGAUCUGGAUUGGAUCACAAGGGUCGGGUCCUUAGUGUUCCCUAUCAACUUCCGGGGAAAUGGAAAGAAAAAUAGAGAGAGAAAGAUAGCUUUUUUUUUUUGGGUGGUGGGGUUGAGUGCCUGAGUUCUCAAUCUUGGUCUCAAAGAAGAGUAAGAAGAAGAAGAAGGGGGAAGAGAAGAGAAGAGAAUAAGAAGGUGAGAUUUUUUUUUUCUUGUUCCUCGACUCUUGGAUGCUUGCCUUGGGCCCACCUAAGAUACUUUUCUUGUGCUUCCAAUCUGGUGUCAACUGUUUCUGUUCUCCUUUUUGUUUGUUUUGCUUGUGGUGUCGUGCCUUUUGGGUGGUAAUCUGAAUUGAGUUUGUUUCUUUUCCGGGUAACGUUUAAAGGAAUAUCUCAAAUUUGUGAACUGGGUUUGUCUCCAACUCUUGAUUUGAUGCUCAGAACUUCGAUACAAUUUCUGGGUUUUCGAUUUUAGUUCACGGUGUUUGAGAAUUCAAUAUUGGGUUAGUGAUUAUCCAUCAGUUUUGGAUGAUUCAACUGGGUCUUUGUUCUUCUGCACAUUAAAUCGCCCUCUGUAGCAUAUUGAUACGUAUAUAUAUAUAUACAUAGAUUCUCCUGAGGCAUGGCUGGUAUUGAUGUUUCGAAGUAUGCUCAUAGCCCUGUUCAUAAGGCCAUAGCCAUGAGGGACUAUGCCGGUCUCAGGAGGAUACUGGCUAGUUUACCACGUCUUUGUAACCCAUCUGAGGUUCGUACAGAGGCCAUUUCUUUAGCUGAGGAAGAGAAGGCUGAGGCUAUUUCUGCUGCUAUUGAUCGCCGGGAUGUUCCUAACCGUGACACACCUCUUCACUUGGCUGUAAAGCUUGGUGACCUGACUUCUACCGAAAUGCUCAUGGUUGCCGGCGCAGAUUGGAGCUUGCAGAAUGAAAGUGGUUGGAGUGCACUACAGGAAGCUAUCUGCAAUAGGGAAGAAGCUAUUGCCAUGUGUAUAGUUAGGCAUUACCAGCCUCUGGCUUGGGCAAAAUGGUGUAGAAGGUUGCCCCGAUUGGUGGGGGCUAUGAGAAGGAUGAGGGACUUUUAUAUGGAAAUUACAUUUCAUUUUGAGAGUUCUGUAAUCCCUUUCAUUUCUAGGAUUGCCCCUUCUGACACUUACAAGAUUUGGAAAAGGGGUGCAAAUUUGAGAGCAGAUAUGACUUUGGCAGGUUUUGAUGGAUUUAGGAUUCAACGUUCCGAUCAGAGUAUUGUUUUCCUUGGUGAUGGUUCUGAAGAUGGCAAAGUCCCUCCUGGAUCACUCUGUAUGAUCUCACACAAGGAUAAGGAGGUGAUGAAUGCUUUGGAUGGUGCUGGUUCACCAGCAACUGAAGAAGAGGUUCGCCAAGAAGUGGUAGCAAUGUCCCAAACUAACAUCUUCAGGCCCGGGAUUGAUGUAACUCAGGCAGUUCUUUUGCCUCAGUUGACUUGGAGGCGACAAGAGAAAACAGAGAUGGUUGGAGCAUGGAGGGCAAAAGUGUAUGAUAUGCAUAAUGUAGUUGUGAGCAUAAAAUCUAGGAGGGUUCCGGGGGCUAUGACCGAUGAUGAGUUUUUCUCAUCUUGCAAUGACAAUGGACCAGAUAGUGAGGAGAUUGAUGAUAUUUUGACUGAGGAGGAGAAGAGACAACUUGAGGUUGCACUUAAGUUGGAUUCCUCAGAAUUGCCUGUUGAGAAUGGUGAUGGGAUUAUUGGGCAUCGCCAUAGCUGUUAUGAGCAGAGGGAUAUCAAUAUAGAAGAAGUCAAUGGUUGUAGAACUGUAGAGAUUAAACAAGAAAAGAAAGGAUGGUUUGGUGGAUGGAGGAAAAAGGAUACUAAAAUUGAAGGGCCAAAAAAAAUUGCCCCUCCAAGAAAUUCUCUUUGUGUAGAGGAGAAGGUGAGUGAUCUGCUUGGGGAUUCUCCAUCUAGAAAUCAGAUUAAGCCAGGUAGACAUUCUGUGGAGAUUCAUAUGAGGGGGGAUGAGCACCGAAGAGUGAGGGAUACCAAAGCUUCGUCUUCCACAACCACAAGUUCUGAGAACAGAAAUCGCCACAAGGAUGCAGGUCGGGAGAAUGAGUAUAAAAAGGGAUUGAGGCCUAUCCUCUGGCUUUCUCCAAACUUUCCACUUCAGACAGAGGAGCUAUUGCCAUUGCUUGAUAUCCUAGCGAACAAGGUUAAGGCAAUCCGUCGAUUGAGGGAACUUCUAACAACAAAACUUCCUUUGGGAACCUUCCCUGUCAAGGUUGCCAUUCCCGUUGUUCCUACCAUCAGAGUAAUGGUGACUUUCACAAAGUUUGAAGAGUUGGCACCGGUGGAUGAAUUCUCAACGCCCCCGUCAAGCCCUUCUGCUGUUGGCAGAGAGAGCCCAGCUGCAUCGCAGCCUUCCAGUUCAUCCUGGUUUCAGUGGAUAAAAGCUCCUUUACACCGCUCUACCUCAUCCAACGCCAUGUCCAGCAGUAGGAUAGAAACUAUCCAAGAUCCGUUUGCAAUUCCCUCAGAGUACACUUGGGUUACAGCUGAAGCCAAAAAGAAGAAGAUGCAAGAGAGGAGCAAGUCAAAGAAAGCAAAGAGUCAAAACCAAUGAUAAUACCACCGUUGGAGAUUGAAGGCCUAAAUGUGUAAUAGAGGAUCUGGUUCACUUAAUGAACGCCUCAGAUACCAAGUAGGGAAUAGUGUCUCAUAAAUUCAUGAAUUUGUGAUAGAAGUAAAUGAUUCCUUCUUUUCAAGAAAAAAAAAGGUAGUAAAUCAUUGUGGGGUUGGCUGAAAAAGGGAAAAAGAAAAAAAAAGUUGAUAUGAUGAUUCUUGCAACAAAUGCUUUUUGCAUUUGCUAAAUGUGUACACAAUUUGGAAUGCUUAGAAAUGCUCCGGUUUCAUACAGAGUUUAUUUAUUUAAUUCUUAUUAUA